AUGGUGACCAAGCACAACACCAAGUUGUCCAAGUAUCUGCUGAGAAAGAGGUUCGUGCAGAGGGGAUUGGACUCAGAAACCAAGAAACAACUAGAAGGGGAAGAGAAGAAAAUCAUUAGUGAAGAGCAUUGGUACUCGGAUUUGCCAGAACUUAAAGAGAAAGACAGUUUCACAAUAGAAGAGCAGAGUUUUAUGCUAUGUGAAGAUCUUCUCUAUGACAGAAUGUCAUUCAGAGGAUUUAAUCCUGAGGAUGAGAAAUUGAUGCUUCAGAUGAAUGCCAAGAACAAAACAGAAGACAUUGAAGAUGAAACAGUGGCGCUCAAUGUGUCCAAUGAAGAAAUGGCUAGAAGAUACGAGACGUUGGUGGGAACAAUUGGAGAAAAGUUUGCCAAGAAAAGAGACCAUGCCAAUUAUGGAGAAGAUGACAAUGGAAACCUGAAACCAAUUAAAGCAAAGAAGAUGUUCUUAAAGCCCCAAGACUAA